AUGCAGACUAGAUCACACAAGCAAUCACAAAUACUCGAUAUCAAGCCAGACUACUACGACCAUGGGGUCCCUGUUUUCAAACCCACUAUGGAACAGUUUAAAGAUUUCUACAAGUUUAACAAAUCGGUUAACAAAUAUGGUUUUGAGGCUGGAAUUGUCCGUGUUAUCCCUCCACAAGAGUGGAAGGAAUCAAUCUCCCAUUGUUAUUCUGAGGAAAAUUUGUCCAAAGUGGUUAUCAAAAACCCCAUUGUCCAGCAGAUAAACAGUAAUCAUCAUGGCGUAUUUCAGAUACAGAAUAUCGAGAGACCAAGAAAGUACACGCUAGACCAGUGGAAAGAACUUUCAAAAAAACAAGAACCUCCAAGAAGACGCAAGAGACUGCAUGAUGAUAACGAUGAAAGCUCAUGCAGCAGAAUAGAUGGCGCCGAAUUUAAUGACGAGCGUUGUGAGGAGUUGGAACGUUCGUAUUGGAAAUCGCUCACGUACUCUGAGCCUAUAUACGGGGCUGACUCUGAAGGAUCUUUAUUCGCAGAAGAUGUGAGCAUUUGGAAUGUCGCCAAGUUGCCAAAUGUCCUUGACUUGAUGGAGGAAAGAAUUCCGGGCGUGAAUAAUGCGUACUUGUAUGCGGGGGUGUGGAAGGCCACUUUUGCAUGGCAUCUCGAAGACCAAGACUUGUAUCUGAUCAACUAUAUCCACUUUGGCGCUCCAAAGCAGUGGUACCUGAUACCACAAGCACAGCAGAAGAAAUUUUUCGAUGUAAUGAAGGACUUGUUCACCGACGAGUACAAGCAUUGUUCGCAAUUUCUUCGUCAUAAAACAUUCCAUGCACUGCCUCAAUUCUUGGAGAAAAAUGGAAUCACAGUGAACCACACGAUACAUAGGGAGGGUGAGUUUAUCUUGACGUAUCCUUAUGGAUACCACGCUGGAUUCAAUUACGGUUACAAUCUCGCAGAAUCUGUCAAUUUCGCACUUGACUCGUGGUUUGAUAUUGCUGAAAAGACUGACCAUUGUCAUUGCAUUCCAGAUGCAGUCAAUAUCAAUGUGAAGCAGUUGUUGCAAAAGUACAACUCAAUGAAAAAGAAUUCUGCAAUCUUUGUGUAA